ACCCGAUUACUCGAUUCAUGAGCGCACUAAUCCAAAAAUAAUCCACCAUAAUAACCAUAAAAUGUGCUUCUUUAAGGGAGUGAAGACAAUCACGUUUGGGGUAUGUUUUCUUCUUCUAAUUUUUUUUUUUUUUUUUUUUUUUUAAGAUGUGUGUGUGUGCGUGCAUGUGCGUGCGUGUGUGUGUGUGGUGGGGGGCGUUCUCGCCUGACAUCCUCAAACAAUACGAGAAAGAGGAGUGCACGAAUCCGCGCGCCCCCAGCUUUAGGGGUCCCUUUGCACCAGCGAGAGCGUCCGCCAUUCCUAAAAAGACCCUUUUUUUAAGAGUCGGGGGGUUCCGAGCCUCUUCCGAGAGGAGGACGAGGAUGUGAGGGAAAGUCCCCCGAGCUGCAGCCGCAGACUUUUUCGGGAUCCAUCCGGGUGCAGCUCAGUGGCGCGUUUUGAUGAAAGCCCAAGUUGUCAUUGGACAGAAGUCAUCAUGUGACAGGCCCGUCGGUGCAAUUUGGAGCUGGUGUGCAUGAAUCCACUCCUUCCACGCAGCGCGGCCAUAAUCGGGGGGAAAGCCCAUCACGGGAUCCUUUUUUCGGGGAUGAUUUGUCCCCCCGGCCGCUGAGCUCGCUGGACAGUAACGCGCGCAGACGUUCCUGGGCUGGAGAUGAAUUACGAAUUCGAGCGAGAGAGCGGAUUUAUCAAUAGUCAGCCUUCGCUCGCUGAGUGCCUGACAUCUUUCCCCCCUGUCGCGGAUUCCUUUCAAAGUUCAUCAAUCAAGAGCUCGACACUGAUUCCCCCUCCCUUCGAGCAGACCAUCCCCAGCCUCAACCCGGGCGGCCACCCGCGUCACGGCCGGCCGAGGCACAGCCCGGACGGAUGCAGCCCGCUGCCCACCGCCUCGCUUCCCCCGGAGUACCCGUGGAUGCGGGAGAAGAAAGCCUCCAAGAGGAGCCACCUGCAGCCCACGACCACCGCGACCACCUUGUCCAAUGGACCCGUGUGCUUCUCCCCUAAAGGCUCGCCGGAGGUCGUGGACGUGGCUCCAGGGGGCUCCCGGCGCCUCAGGACCGCGUACACCAACACGCAGCUGCUGGAGCUGGAGAAGGAAUUCCACUUCAACAAGUAUCUGUGCCGACCCCGCCGGGUGGAGAUAGCGGCCCUGCUGGACCUGACCGAGCGCCAGGUCAAAGUCUGGUUCCAGAACCGGCGCAUGAAGCACAAGCGCCAGACGCAGACUAAGGAGAACCAUAACGGGGACCGGGGCGGCGGCAGCGGCGGUGGCCGAGAGGAGGAGGAGGAGGAAGGGGAGGACGCCAUGCGCUGCAGCGACGAGGACGACGAGGGCCCCCAGUUGUACGAGCAAAGCGGGGCCCUGCUGGAGAGAGACACCUUCUCCUUUCACAACAACAAUCUGGCUCCCACGCAGCUGCACGUCCACAAUAGCGGCUACGCCCCGACCCCGCUCCACAGCAAUGAGAAAAAUCUCAAACAUUUCCCCAACGCGGCGCCCACUGCUGCGGGCUGCGCGGCAACAAUGGGCCCCGGCUCGGCAUCUGGGCCGGACAAUGGCGACUGCAGUCCCCCGGCCCUGGACGUUUCUAUACACGACUUCCAGGCCUUCUCGGCGGAUUCCUGCCUGCAGCUCUCCGACGCCGCCUCGCCGAGCUUGUCGGAGUCCCUGGACAGUCCCGUGGACAUUUCCGCGGACACUUUCUACUUUUUCGCCGAGUCCCUGACGACGAUCGACCUGCAGAAUCUCAACUAUUAGCCGCGUUUGAUUUCUUGGUUGAAAACCUUUUUUUUUGUUUUGUUAUUGUGGACGGCGAGGCCGGCGGUAAAUCGAUUGUAAUUCCCUUCCCCCAAAAAAACAAAAACAAACAAAAACAUUUUUUUUGUGUGUGCGAGGGAGGGAAAAUUAUGACGUGUGUGUGACAAAUUCUACAAGUUUUAUUUUUGUAUAGCUCCUUGGAUAUUUUUGUUAGAAUACAAGAACUUGCUACAACUUUUUGGUGUUUGGAGUCUUUUUCUAUUCCCCGAAACAAUAAAAAAAAAAAAAACAUAAAAUAUGCAAAUUAAACAACAGGUUGGUCAUGAAUAUAAAUUACUAGA